GAAGCCGACCAUUCAGGAGACCCUGGCGUCCGCUGGCUCAACCUGGCCGGCGACCUGGAGGACCUGGAGACGGCCCUGAAGGACCCGGCCGACCGGCCCGAGAACAUCAAGGCCGACUUCGGCGGCCGCGUGCUGGGAGCCGGCCACUGUUCAGCGCUCAUCAAGGUCCUGGCCGACGGCGAGGACCUGUACACAUCCCAGGUCACCUGGAAUACGUACCAGAGCAUGCUGCGGAUUCAGAAGCGGUACGUGUUCGGGUACGGUCAGACGGGCGGCGCUGACAAGGCGGCCAUCGCCGGCCGCGUCUCGUCGUUCUCCUCGUACCCGGGCACCAUCACCUCGCAGGACGACUUCUACGUGCUGUCAUCGGGUCUGGUCACCCGGAGAACGACCAUCGGCAACAACAACAACGACCUGUGGCACUUCAUCAAGCCGGAGGGACAGGUGUUGGAGUGGGUCCGCGCCGCGGUGGCCAACAACCUGGCCACCGACGGCCAGGAGUGGACGUCCACCUUCUCGCGUUACAACAGCGGCACCUACAACAACCAGUGGAUGGUGGUCGACUACAAACGCUUCAAGCGGGGAGACACAAGCCUGAGGCCGGGCGUGCUGUGGGUGCUGGAGCAGAUCCCAGGCCACAUCAUGGCCGACGACGUCACCCACGUGCUGCAGCGGCAGCAGCAGUACUGGCCCAGCUACAACAGUCCCCUUCUUCCCCGCCAUCUUCAACAUGUCUGCAACCCGGCGCUGGUGGCCAAGUUCGGCGACUGGUUCAGCUACGAGCGCACGCCACGGGCGCUGAUCUUCCGCCGCGACCAGGCGGCCGUCACAGACGUCGGUGGCAUGAUGCGCCUGAUGCGCUACAACGACUUCAAGCACGACCCGCUGUCGGCCUGCGACUGCCAGCCGCCGUACUCGGCCGAGAACGGCAUCUCGGCCCGCUGCGACCUGAACCCGGCCGACGGCACCUACCCGUUCGGCGCGCUGGGGCACCGCUCGCACGGCGCCACCGAUAUGAAGCUGACUACCACUAAGCUGGUACCUGGCAUGGAGUUCAUCUCCAUCGCCGGCCCCACCUACGACCAGCAGCCGCCGUUCCAGUGGAGCAAGGCGGACUUCGCCGCCACUACGGCCCACCAGGGUCACCCAGAUCUGUUCAAGUUCGAGCCGAUUCAGUGGCGCUGGCAGUGGAAGUAACUGGCGGCACAGACGCCACCGGUGCCGUGAGGCUGCAGAAUUUCACCUCCAAUCGGCAUCAAAUCGACGGGUGCCAUGCUAAUCCUCAGAUACUGUACUUAAGCACAUGACAGAAUGGGCUUUCGUGAUGUGCCAAGCAUUUAUACUCUUGAAAAACGAUGGGAUACGCGAGCUUAUAGGGAUCUAGUACAAUUAUGUGGGUAUGUUGCUAAUGGAUUCACCGGGUACUCGAUUGCGUAAGGGCUGUGUAAUUUUUGACGAAUAUUUACCUGAGCUUAAUGCACGGGCUCGAGUGUAUCGCGUAGCACAGAUUGUAACGCGAUUAAUCGUGUAUAAUCAGCGGAAUCAGUCGGACGUUCAAUACAACGAAUCAUGUGA